CGCCCCGCGCCGGGGGAGGCGGCUGGCGGCCGGCCCGCGGCGCCGAGGGUAUUAAUAGGCGUCCCGGAGGCAGCGGCCGGGCGGCGGCGGGUGUGCGGGGCGAAGGCUGCGGGCUCGGCUCGGCACAGGACGGCUUGGCGCGGUGCCCCCUCCCCGGCUCCUCUCCGGUCCUGCGCCCGGCUCCCACCGCGAAGGCGAGAUGGAGGGAAGGCCUUGCAUCGUUACGUAAUGAAAAAUAAAAGUUGACCGUAUGCUUAUAAAAAUUUGCAACAUGGAAGACCUAUGGCUAAUAAAAUAACGAGACCUCUGUAGAAGCUUGGAAAAUGAGAAGACGCUAAAUCACGUUGGUGUUUGCAAACAGGAGAUGCUCCAGAAGAAGAAUGCUGUUUUGGUGGAUGGGGUAAUUUUAAAUGGUCCAAUAAUGGACUCAAAAGCAGGAGAGAAGUUUGUGGAAGAAGUCUGUAAGAUCAUAAUGGAAGAAGUCAUCCAGAAAGCUGAUGAUGUAACAGAAAAGGUUUGUGAAUGGCGAGCCCCCGAAACACUGAAGCAGAUUCUCGACCUGGAAAUGAGGGACACUGGAGAAUCUCAUCAGAAACUCUUGCAACUCUGCCAGGAUGUUAUACAAUACAGCGUCAAAACCAGUCAUCCAAGAUUUUUCAAUCAGCUGUAUGCCGGAAUAGAUUAUUACUCAUUAGUGGCUCGUUUCAUUACAGAAGCACUGAACCCAAGUGUAUACACAUAUGAAGUAUCCCCUGUGUUUCUGUUAGUGGAAGAAGCAGUCAUCAAGAAAAUGAUUGAGUUCAUAGGCUGGGAGGAAGGUGAUGGUAUCUUUAAUCCAGGUGGCUCUGUUUCUAAUAUGUAUGCUAUGAACUUAGCAAGAUACAAAUUUUGUCCUGAGAUAAAGGAAAAAGGGCUUUCAGGUUUGCCAAGACUGGUCCUGUUCACUUCGGAAGAGUGUCAUUACUCCAUGAAGAAGGCAGCCUCCUUCCUGGGUAUUGGUACAGAGAAUGUUUACUUCGUCAAAACAGAUGAAAGAGGUAAGAUGAUACCUGAGGAACUGGAGAAACAAGUCCAACGGGCCAGGAAAGAGGGGUCAGCACCAUUUCUUGUCUGUGCUACAGCAGGCACAACAGUGCUGGGAGCAUUUGAUCCUCUGGAUAAAAUUGCCGAUAUCUGUGAAAAGCAUGGCCUCUGGUUUCAUGUUGACGCUUCUUGGGGUGGCUCGGCUUUGAUAUCAAGGAAGCAUUGCAGACUUCUUCAUGGCAUCCACAGGGCUGAUUCUGUUGCCUGGAAUCCCCAUAAAAUGCUGUUGGCAGGAAUCCAGUGCUGUGCUCUUUUGGUGAAAGACAACUCUGGCCUCCUGAAGAAGUGUUACUCUGCCAAUGCCACAUACCUGUUCCAGCAGGACAAGUUCUACGAUGUCAGCUAUGACACUGGUGACAAGUCCAUUCAGUGCAGCAGGCGUCCGGAUGCAUUCAAAUUCUGGCUGAUGUGGAAAGCUUUGGGAACCACAGGCCUCGAGGAGAGAGUAAACAGGGCACUGGCUUUGGCUAGAUACCUAGUGGAGGAAAUUAAGAAAAGAGAGGGAUUCCAGCUUCUUUUGGAGCCAGAGUAUGCAAACGUUUGCUUUUGGUACAUUCCACCAAGUUUAAGAAAAAUGGAGGAUGGACCUGAAUUUUGGCAGAAGCUACACCAGGUUGCUCCUAUAAUUAAAGAACGGAUGAUGAAGAAGGGCAGCAUGAUGCUUGGGUACCAGCCUCACCAGGACAAAGUCAACUUCUUCCGUCAGGUGGUGAUCAGCCCACAAGUUAGUCGAGAAGACAUGGACUUCUUGCUGGAUGAAAUCGAACUGCUUGCUAAGGACUUAUAGCUGUAGCUCCACAGCACCAGGUCCUGCUCACACUCACACGUGAUAUUUAUGGAGAGAGAAUGGCAGCAGCGUUGUAGAACUGUUUUGUGAAAGGUAGUAAAAAGCUUGACAUAUAGUUUGGAAACUGUCAUUUUACCGAGUGAUGUUGAGAGCUUUGCAGGUAGAACACCCCUUCACAGGAAAGUAUUUGCUGAUGGAGGCUGAGAAUGACCCAGGGGCAGGCUGGUGCUUGCAGCACCGCUGCCGCCAUUCUGGGAAGUGUUUCCUCAAGAAGGGAGCACUUCUGAAAAUGGUAUCUACAUCCCAGGGAGGGCAGCUAUUUACGGCGUGCCUGUGCACAGUAGCUCAAACCGGUCAUUUAUAUAUGCAGGCAAUACUCCUCUGAAGUUACUGUUAGGAGUGGAUUUAGCUCAGUGAGCUUUAAAAUGCUAGUUAAUACUCUGUCAAUAUUUUAGUUUGGUUUCUGUUUAAGGGUAGAGGCCUGGUUGGUAAUUACACUGAUAAGACUGAACAUCGUGGACUUGUAUGAAACGUUCCUCAAGGCCCCUAACUAGGUGGAUUGUCCAGGUUUUCUGCCAUUAGCACAGUCAACAACAUUAGCACAGUCACCAUCCUGGGGGGGUUUGCAGGACCUGCCUGCACAAAGCCUCAGGCAACCAAUAUUGACCAUGCUUUGAAGAGGUGGAACUAGAUGACCUACAAAGGUCCCUUCCAACCUAACUGAUUCUGUGAUUCUAUGAAAUACAAUGAUUGGGCCUGGUCAGUGUUUGCCAAUGUUGCCCACCCAAAAUAUCGCCACCACUUUAGCAGAGCUGAGAAUAUUGGAAGAGCACUUAGAACUUCUUACCUCUUUGUUAACAGGAGUUACUUAUCCUUUCUGAGCUGCUGUUCACCUUCCUCUGUUUUAAAGCAUAAAGAUUUAUUCAGCAGCACCUUUUAGAUGCACUUUAAAAUUAUAACAGAGAAACAAAAGAUAUAUUUACCUGAAAGAUAUAUAUUUUUUAUGUGUGGUGACUAUAUAUUAAGAGUAUAGCAAAAUCACAUAUUUGUCACUGUCUGUAUUUUCCUACAGAUUUGAGAUGACUCAAUCUUAUGUUAUCAGUAUGUAAUUUAUAUUUUGGCACUGAGAUUAAGGUGGUGGUGAUCAGUGAAAGCCUGCCUGUGAUUUUAAGAUAUGAUUUUAGUCUGAGUAUUUUUGGUCAAUCUUAAAUUGAAAAAUUCUAUACUUUAUGUUUGUGUUAAGAAUUACAGUUUACUUUUGAUUGUUUUUAUUCUAUAAAAUGAUCCAUUUUAUAAAGAUGGAAAUUUAUUUCUUGGUGUGAUGUUCUUGCAGCAAACUAAUGGAAAUAACCGUGUCUUGAACCUUGUAAUCAAUGCCUACUUAACUUCAAUGUUUUGAUGUUUGUUCCUUUUUCUGUAUUUGAGGUGGCACUGACCAAUAUGAACUUUUCUGCUGUAAUGUUUUCUGUCCUGCUGAAAGCUGUCUUUAAACGCAAUGCUUUCAUGUUUUCAUUUCUUACAUUGUACUAGGAUACAACAUUGCAUGACAUUCCUACUUCCAAUCUCCAGGAUUAUGGUAUGGAAAGUUUAACAAAAUCAUCAUACCCAAGGAGGUCACACAAUCAGAGCAGCAGAUAGGAACUUGAGUCACCCUGCAGCACUUGACAGAUGCCUUUAACAGUGUCCUGAAAGUGAAUAUGCUUGUGCUAUUAUAGUGAGACACUGGAUUUUAAGACAAAACCCACAUUGAUAUGAACAUAAAAAAGAACAUAAUGAUGUGGUCCCUGGAUUCUGCCCUGUAAUACCUGCCGUUCACGUUCACUUUACCAUUUGUUAUCUUGUGCUUUUGGCAAUACCAGCUUGGAAAGCUCUUAACUAAAUUCAGGGCCCAUAAGGCUUAUUUAGCCUCCCAGCCACUCUGGGUGGAGUGCAAGUAUGCUCGGGUGACUUUGCUGUUUCUUCUUGAGUUAGAUAGCACUGUUACCCCUUCUCCUUCUCUUUUUUGACCUUGAAAGGAAAGACAGAAUACAGUGUCAGGAUGUUUUGAUUAUGGUCCGGAUUCUUGGUGAGUACUUGAUUUUUGAUUCAGGGGGUUCUAUGUCACCUUCUGUCAGCUAAGAAUUUGGUCCAUGGUGUUUUGUGACACUGCUACUAUCAAAAACUGUUACUAUCUUGUUUCUCAUCAUGUUGUUAGUGCAUUGCUGUUUCCAGCUUCUGACACUUACAGCACAUGCUGGACUGAAGUAACCAGUUCCUUUCUGUAGCAGUAGUGGCUAUAACAUUUUUAAAUGAGAGCAAAAUGGAAUUUUUUUAACGUUUGCAGAAAAUAGGUCUCUAAUCAACAGGUACACUGAUUUCUUCAAAGGCAUAGGUUAACCUUCCGGUGUGAUGAGAGUACCUUAUCUCAUCUCGGUAUAUUUUCUAUUAUUGCUGACCUCUUAUCAUGUCCCAGGUGUGCAGUAUAAUGGUCUCAUUUCAGGACUAAUGUCAUUUUCUCAUAGUUGCCUAUUUAGGACUAGUAUGUACAAAAUGUCCAUUUUGUAGCUGGUGAUUUUAAUAAAAAGUGAAGUAAAUGACACCCUUAUAAAUACAGGUUGUGUUUGUCAUUUGUCAAUCUAAAACUGCAGAUAUAUGUAUAUAUAAAGAAGGUAUGCAUGAGCUCUCCAUAUGGAGAAAUGACAAACUGCCAGCACAGCUUUAAAAUGUGAAACCUAGUCUAACCCUGCUUCAGGAUGUGGUUUAUCUGUGUGCUGUGCCCGUAUCAUCUUU